CACCGGAGCAAGAGCCUGACGCAGAUCGACUGCCUGGAAGGCGGCAUGAGCCGUCGCGACGACGAGCCGAGCGGAGGCAGCAGCCCGUCGGACGCCUCCGGUCAGCCGCAGUCGUUGCAGUCGCAGCCGUCCCAGUCGUCGCCCUCGCACCAGCCGCCCCCGUCGCCCGACCGCCUCUCGGUGCCCGACGACGCGCCGCCGCAGAGGAGCCGGCUGAGGCACUCAUCACGGGUCCCUAGCCAAGAGUACCUCGCCGUUGCCAUAGAAGACGAUGUCGGGGACAUCCAGUUGCAGGAGUCCAUUCCCGCGGUCAAGGGAGUCGUCCUACGGGAUGCCCUGACGUUACUACUCGAGCGUCGGGGCCUGGACCUCUCGGCCGUGCAGGUGCUUCAAGAGAGCACGAGACGGCCCGCCAACCUCAGCCACGAGACGCACAAGUUCGCCGGCCAGCAGCUCAGGGUCAAAGCCAAAGAUGGUGCCGACCUGCGGGGAUCAGUCAGUCGUGCCAACAGCACAAGCAGUUUGAGCGGUGGGUCCUGGAAGACUCCGGCGUCUCGGACCAACAGCAAUGCCGGCCUCAAGGAGGACAAAAAGGAGCGAAAGAUCUCUGGGAGCCAAAGAGGGCGACGUGGAGCUGUGUCAGCUGAUGAGCUGGUGAACGAUACCAGUGCUAUCAGCAGUACUAGUCAAGAAAGCAGCUGGAAGUCUGGGAAAUCCAAGCCAGUGCUGGGCAAACGCACUGGCAUUCUCCUCAAUUCAUCUAGAACGGACAAAGAGAUGCGUACCCUGACAGAGUUGCUCAACAGCUACGACCAGAAUGGCAUCCCCAACCAGCCAGGGCUUCUUACCUUCCGACCUUCUUCGUCAGAGGAGAAGUUUCGACUGGAAGAUAAUUGGACCUGCAUCGUCGACAAUCCCGAGUCCCUUCCAAAACGGGUACGGAACCAACAGGAUGCCAUUUGGGAACUCAUUUCUACUGAAGUCUCAUACAUUCGCACCCUCAAAGUUAUCACCGAGCUGUUCCUGGCAUGCCUAUGUAAUCUCCAGAGCGAACGAAUACUUCAAGAGAUCGACACCGAGCACAUGUUCAGCAAUAUCCUCGAGGUGUGCGAGGUCAACCAUGUGCUGUGGGACAACUGCCUCUUGCCGGCGCUGACGGUUGCGCGCACCAACCGGACCCUCCUCAACCCCUUGCACCUGCGCGAGGGGUUCCUCCGCUUUGAGGAGACCUUCCAGCCGUACAUGAAGUACUGCCUCGAACAGACCACCUGCCUGCACUAUGUUAAGGAGAAGAGGCUCGAGAGCGAUCUCUUCAAGACAUACGUGGCGUGGUGCGAAGCUAGGAAAGACUGCGAGCGGCUGCGCUUCACGGACCUCCUGGUCAAGCCCAUGCAGCGGCUCACCAAGUAUCCGCUGUUGCUCAAGGCCAUUCAUAAGAAGACUGACGACGAAGAAGCCAAGAAUGCCCUCGUCGAAAUGAAUGAAUGCGUGGAAGCCUUCGUGUACGCUGUUGACGGCAAGCUGCGGCACCUGCAUGAGCGUGACAGGCUCAAGUCAAUAACGAGCCGCAUCGAAAGCUACGACCCAUUUGACAUCAACAACGAUGAGGUUGAAAAGGCUCUGAAGGCUCACUGCAUGUUGGACCUGACUUGCCCCAUGCCGAGUUGUGGCAACCAGCAGAACAGGCAGCUCUUGUUUGAGACAUCAGGUGUCAAACUGAAGGACGCUGGCAGUUCAAGCAAGGUGGAUGUGCACUGCUUCCUGUUCACUGAUGUGCUGCUUGUCUGCAAGUCGCUGAGCAAGAAGGGCGACCGCGUGAAAGUGAUUCGGCAGCCAUUCCUCGUCGAGCGGCUGGUUACGUACGAGCUGCGUGACAACAGCGGCCUCAUUGUCGUCUACCUCAACGACUUUGGUGUGGCUGCAUCCUACUUUCUCCUCUACACGAGCGAUCCGCGAAGCUUCAUGGACCAAAUCCGCAGAGCACAGGAGCAGUAUCGGGAGGCGAAGUCGCAGGCGACGAGUGAGAAGCCCCAGCUGGGAUACCUCCAGGACUUGGAUGAUGAAGAUGACCUGGACAUUCCCCGCAGCGCAUUGCUCGUGGCAGCCCGCUCUCCACGUUCGUCGAGCCACUCAAGCUUGGUCCAUUCGCACAGUGGAUCCAUUGACAUGAGCGACCCGGCCUCGGUGGCCUCCAUGGCUGGACCACCCGUGCCCUGCCCAACACCACUGUUUCAGGGAGCAGCGGCUGCUGGUGGACAAGGCCGAGCAACGAGCUUCGAGCUUGGCGAGCUACGCAAUCCCAGCAUGACUUGCGACGACCUCGACGAGCAGGGACGGUCACGCAGCAUGGAGACACGCACCCCAGGCCCAGUGUGCGUCACAGUGACAUCGCCACGGCCUGAGCGGCGGGCUUUCCUUCUCAAGGGUGCUGGCACUAACGCAACGUCACCCAACACGUUGACUGUGAGCAUUCCCUUCACCCAUCAGCAAGAGGUGGAAGAGCCCAAGGAGUACAGAAGCUAUCCGACGUCCCCGACCAUACAGGUGCCAGUCAUGUCAUCACUGCCUCCCAAGAGCCUCUCGCCAACAUCCCGCUUUGCUGCCGUCCUACCGCAGCCUUUCCCGGGUUACAACCAGAGCGGGGCGAGCAAGCCGCCGCUGCUGAAGACCAAAAACGUGUCUGGCCUGGUGACCCACAGUGCCCCACCCAGCGAAGGCCCGAGCCCCGUUCACAGCCUCGAGGGUCCCAAGCUCCCCGAGGAGGCCAUAAGCCCUCCCGACUCCGAAGACGAGAGCGGCCGCAAGCGCAUUUCCCGAAGAACGUGCCGUCCUGAGAGGCGGCACCACACAGCCGACUCCUUCGAGCACCUGAAGAACCAGCGGGACCCGUCGAUCCACAAGCGGCUGUCGUGGAACUGCGGGCAACAGCACGACGCGUCGUCCGGCGUGUCCGGUACUGCCGGCCGCAUGGUCCACUCGUCGGAUGCUUUCCUCAAGAACAAACACGUUGCCAAGUGUCUGAGCAGUGAAUCUGUGUACAGUUCUAGUGGCGUGAGCAGCACGGGCUCCCUCCUGUUCAGCAGUGCGGGUAGCGGCGACGCCUGCGACUGCUGCUGCGAUGCCACCGUCGUGGGGCCAACGGACGACCAAAAGCGACUCGCCAACGGUGAUGAAGACGAAGUGGCGCCGUCUUCAGCCGAGGGGCACCACCAGCUGAAGACGUUGGGUGCGCCCGGAGAUUGUAUCAAGAUCGAUGUGAGUGAGGUGAAGGACGGCAUCUCCUCAGUGCAGAUAGUGGGUGCAGAGGGCAUGCCAGUGGCCCCCGGAAAGCCGGGCAAGCCGUCCCGCUCAGACCUGCAGAAGAUGAAGGAGUUUCUCCUCAACAGCCGCUCAGUCGAAGCAUCUGAGGUAUGACAACGUCAUUAGUCACCAGGGGAGAGACCGCACAGACCAGAGACAGGACUGGGCCCCAUCAUUCUCAGCUCGACGGAAGAAAAACAGCAAUUGUACAGCGUUCACUGCUUGUUUCGAACUGUGCCCCCGGCCACAAGAGGGCAUUCGUUUCCGCAAUUCUCCGGGGCGUUGGCCGCUGGAAACGGCAUCUCACCGCAGUUCUCGUCUCGAUAUACAUAUCUCUACCACGGCGUGUCGACAGCACUCUGCGACGGCACAGUUGAAUGAUGACCACAUUGUUACAUUCGUUUUAGAAGCAGUGGCUCGAAUGGCUCGAGCCGAGAUUGUCUUUGUUCUCGGCGCGAUGCUGCCGUUUCGAUAGCGUCACUCUGCUGCAAGAUCCUGUCCCUAUUUUGUGCUGCUGAUUUGCACUUUGCCAUGUGUGUGUGUUUGUGCAUGCGUGUUUGUGUGUGUGUGCGUGUGCAGCAGUCUGCUAAUGAGGCUGUUCCAUUGGUGUAGUACCUGGUCAUCAUACCUACGACACUAUGCAUAAGGCGUUUGUUACCUGUGCAUUCCUUUGCUUCCCGUACUUACAAUGGCCGAGAAGUGGAUCACGGAGUCGGUCAGUCCCGCAAGCAAAACAUGUGUGGUGUAGUUUCGGUUGUUUAGAAACGUCUCUUUAUUAAUCUUGACGAGUGUAGUGAGUGCACAAGUAAUUUUAACUGUAUUACUGGAGCCUGGCCAUAUACUUUUAGUACCUUCUAUUGCUUUUACGAUUAAGCUUUUUGAUUAAUUUACAAGUUUUUCUGGGUAUGCGUCAAGGAUACCUUCGUUAAAAUUUUUCAAAAAUUAGUUUGCUUUUCGAGCUUCUUUAAUUGUGACAGGGUUUUACGCCAAAGGGCAUGAACUGCUUGAAGCUUGGCGUUAUGUUUUUCCUUUUGUUUCCUGUACUCGCACUAUGCUGCAAUGGCGUAGGCUUGUCGUCUCUCUUGAAAGAUUGCCGCAUUACAGAAUUCCCUCUUUCUCGAACCCGAGUCUUAUUUAGCGUAGAUGGUGCUCGAGGCAGGUGCUUUUUGUGUUUUCACACAUCACACCGAGAUUCUAUGCAGUAAAGCCACGUGAUGUGCGAUUUACGACAGAAAUUCGGUUGCGCACGAUUUUGUGCUCUCAAGAGUCUUUUCAUUUCAUGUUUCCGACACUUCUUGCAGGUAUUAUUAUAUAUGUUACGUGCCAAACAGUUCCGAGUAGAAGCACUUUUUUUUUUUUCCGCCAUUUUCCACCAGUAGGCCGUUUAUCGACUACUGCUUUACAUACGCGUUCCACAACUCUCCAAGACUACGCUUUCCAAUCUCUGAGCAGUCUAAUCACUCUCAGCUGUACCACCGUUUCGCCUUGGCCGUAAUGGUAUCAGGACUGUGUAAAAAAAAUCAUAAAAGAAAACUUGAAGCUCUUAUGCUAGGUGCACUGUUGCUCUCUUUAGCACUUAACAUUUUACGCUCUCUUGGGAUGUACUUUCAUCGUCCAGCAGCCACCGCCAUUCUUGUUGGCAUUCCUUUCUUUGAUGCUGUAUGCCGAGUGCUUUCCUGUCAGAAAUGCUGUACACACCAAGGCGUUCUUGAUGGGCAGUAAAGAAACUUGAUAAUGACGGCAGUUAAUCUCUUGGAGGGAAAAACCACUUGCCUGGAAUGGUGUAAAGCUUCAAUGGUGUCAGUAGAAAGGAUGCAGUUUCACCCUUUUUGCUCCCUUUUUCUGACGAGCUGUGAUACAGGUCACUAAAAAAAAAUCGUAGCUGCGCUGACAAUAGACUGGUUUUUGUCGUGUUCCAGUGAACACGAAUCGCCGUACAGCAUGUAAAUGUUCACGAGCAGCAAGCUGCAAAAGGGAUUUUUCGCAUUUGCAGGGAGCUGCUUCUGCUGUUACCGCUAGCUUUCUAUACUGUAUAGAUGCCGAUGCCACGGUGACUUUUACACUGUAAAGCAUCUAGUGUUUUUCAUAGACCUGUAGCUUAGUGACCUGUCCCCCGUAGUGGUUCUCGGAGUUGUUAUUAUGAACAAAG